AUGGAUAGGCAAAGUUCUCCUUCCUCAUGGAGUGGUUCCGGAUCUCCGGGAUUGAGAUUGGAGCGAAAUCAUACCCGCCCUAGAGAGAUCUGGAAUCCGGCUCUAAUGGACGAGGUUGUUAGGCCACUUCCUCGUCACGGACAUCAAACAACAACGGAGGAGGAUGAAGAAAUAAAUGUGGUCGAUGACACGGACAACCAAAACGAUGGUGACGACGAAUUAGACGAUGGUGCCAGGGACAGUGACGAAAAAGACGAGUUUCAGUAUGACGAUGAUGUGUACGGAAAUUCAAAAAAGCAGCGUCGAAACCGAACAACUUUUUCGUCGGAGCAGUUGAGGGAGUUAGAGGCUGUGUUCCAGCACACACAUUACCCUGAUUGUACACUCAGAGAGCAAAUCGCCGAGAAAGUGGACCUCACCGAGGCCAGAGUACAGGUAUGGUUUCAAAACCGAAGAGCAAAAUGGCGGAAGCAAGAGAAGAGCAUAGUGCGCAUGUUCGACAUUUGGCGACACCAGGUUCCGCCACAAGUUGCCAUGGUUCCACCCGCCAUUACCUCCAUUCCCCAGCAGUUUUCGAUGUUGAGGCCCGCUCUCUACCCCUGGCUCCCGCGUUUUCCUGCCAUGAUGCCUCCAAUGUUUCCUAUCUCUCCAGUCAUCUAUCCAGAUACAACGACGACAGCUUUGUUUAAAGGUGAUAUACAGAUGCAGGCUCCAAAUCUUCACCCAGAGAUACCUCCCGUAAAGCACUAUGAAACAUACGCACGCGAUUACCUGGAGAGGCUCACCGCUCGAACUCGCGAGAGGGAAGCUGGUUUGAGCGAAAGUACAGCUACAAGGUCAAGGCCGGAAUCUACGUCACCAUCUUAA